AUGGGACCUCCCUGGAGCCAGGAGAGAUCUCCAGAAGAGAGUCUUUCCACUGAAUGGAGCAGACAGUCGACAAGAGUCAGAUGGGUGCUGCUAGCUGUCCUGCUUUGUGGCCUGCUCGUUGGUUCUUCUAUGCUUUGGAUUUACAUUUUCCGGAACUGUGGUCCUUGGACCUGUGAGUCACCUGUGUGUAUGGAGCUCGUGAACCAUUACCUGGCUUCUGGAAACAGAAGUGUGGCCCCCUGUACUGACUUUUUCAGCUUUGCUUGUGAAAAAGCCAAUGGGACCAGUAACUCUUUCCAGGCACUUGCAGAAGAGAACAAGAGCCGACUGUGGAAACUAUUGGAGGCCCCAGGGUCCUGGCAUCUAGGAUCUGGAGAGGAGAAAGCCUUCCAAUUUUAUAACUCCUGCAUGGACACAGAUGCCAUUGACGCUUCAGGGACUGGUCCACUUGUACAAAUUAUUAAAGAGCUUGGAGGCUGGAAUAUUUCUGGCAAUUGGACUUCCUUUGACUUCAAUCAAAAUCUGAGGCUUCUGAUGAGUCAGUAUGGCCACUUCCCAUUCUUCCGAGCCUAUCUUCAUCCUCAUCCAGCCCCUCCACACACGCCAAUCAUCCAGAUAGACCAGCCGGAGUUUGACAUUCUUCUCCAGCAAGACCAGGAACAGAAAGUCUAUGCUCAGAUCCUGCGGGAAUAUGUGACAUACCUGAACCGGUUGGGAACUUUACUUGGGAGUAACCCACAGGAAGCACAACAACAUGCCUCCUGGUCCAUCGUCUUUACCUCACGGCUGUUCCAGUUUCUGAGGCCACAACAACAGCAGCAGGCACAAGACAAGCUCUUUCACGUGGUUACUAUUGAUGCCCUUCAGGAAAUAGCCCCAGCCAUCGACUGGUUAUCCUGUUUACAAGCAAUAUUCACACCGAUGUCUUUGAGUCCCUCCCAGACCCUCCAAGUCCAUGACCUAGACUACUUGAGAAACAUGUCACAGCUGGUAGAAGAAGGGCUGCUGAAUCACAGUGAGAUAAUACAGAGCUACAUGAUCCUUGGGUUGGUGGAUACCCUUUCACCAGCACUGGACACUAAAUUCCAGGAGGCACGCAGAGAACUGACUCAGAAACUACGGAAACUGAAAGAACGACCACCCCUGCCAGCCUACCCUCGGUGGAUGAAGUGUGUGGAACAGACGGGAUCCUUCUUUCAGCCUACUCUGGCAGCUCUGUUUGUUCGUGAAGCCUUUGGACCAAGCAUUCGAAGUGCUGCCAUGGAAUUAUUUGCUGAGAUAAAGGAUGCUGUCAUCGUACGCCUCAAGAAGCUUUCCUGGAUAAGUGAGGAGACUCGGAAAGAGGCCUUGAACAAGCUCACCCAACUGCAGGUGGAGAUGGGGGCUCCAAAACGGGCCCUGAAGACUGAGAUGGCCAAACAAGAAUAUAGUGAUAUACAACUUGGUCCCAGUUUCCUUCAAUCUUUCCUAAGCUGUGUACGAUCCCUCCAGGGCAGAAAGGUUCGGAGUUUCCUGCAGCCUUUUCCCUACCACAGAUGGCAGAAAUCUCCCUGGAGCGUCAGUGCCUACUAUUCAGUACCUGACCAUGUGGUGGUCUUCCCUGCUGGCCUUCUCCAACCUCCAUUCUUCCACCCUGGCUACCCCAGAGCCGUGAACUUUGGCGCUGUUGGCAGCAUCAUGGCCCAUAAACUGUUGCAUAUCUUCUUCCAAUUCUUACUGCCUGGGGGCUGCCCAGCCUGCGACACACGUGCACUACAAGAAGCACUUCUAUGCCUGGAGCAUCGCUAUGCUGCCUUCCCCUUAGCCAGCAUGUCCUCUUUCAAUGGUUCUCACACACUCCUGGAAAAUGCUGCAGACAUAGGAGGCGUAGCCAUUGCAUUUCAGGCAUAUAGAAAGAGGAUAACAGAGCACGCUGGAGAGUUGACUCUGCCCAACCAGGAGCUCAGCCCCUAUCAACUCUUCUUCCGAAGCUACGCCCAGGUAAUGUGUAGGGAGCUGAUCUCACAAGACCCUCAGGACACUCACAGUCCUCCAAGGCUUCGAGUCCAUGGGCCCCUCAGCAAUUCUCCAGAUUUUGCCAAACAUUUUCUUUGUCCAAGUGGUUCCCUUCUGAAUCCCUCUACCCGCUGCAAGCUCUGGUAACUUGGCUACCAAAGAGACUGAGAUAUACAUGGACUCCUUAUGAGCCCAUCCUUGAAGUCAAAAUAAAUGUCUCUCUCCUUUUUGUUCCCAAAAUAAAAGUGUGUAUUUACCCUUU